GACGAAAGCCUAAAAAAAGUUGCAAAUCCUCAAAAACCGUAUAAUUUUGUGAUAUGUUUCCAAAUCCUAGGAGACCCAGAGGUAAUGGAAUUUCUGCGUAACAAUAGUCUCACUGAUACUACAUACGAAGAAUUUGCACAAAUGUUCACGGCUGAUUUAUUUGACCCUGAUGAAUGGGCUAAGAUUUUCCUCGAUUCUGGAGCAAAAUACGUAGUUUUCACAGCAAAGCAUCAUGACGGGUUCGCUUUAUAUCCAUCCCAAAGUCGCUUUUGGAAUUCAGUCAAUGUAGGGCCAAAAAAAGACAUUGUUAAAAUGUUAUCAGAGUCCAUGACAAAAUGCAACAUGAAGUUUGGUGUUUAUUAUUCGUUAUCUGAAUGGUUCAAUACAAUGUACACGCAUGACAGAGGAAACCUUUUUGGCACUACUGCGUAUACAGACAAAAUAGUUUGGCCCAAUAUCAAAUUUUUAAUCAAUAACUACAAACCCUCCAUUCUAUGGGCCGAUGGAGACGGUGAUGUCAAUGAUACUUAUUGGAAAUCACCAGAACUCCUAACCUGGCUUUACAAUGAAAGCCCUGUUAAGGAUGAGAUAGUAGUCAACGACAGAUGGGGCAAAGGUAUCAGCUGCCACCAUGGAGAUUUCUACAACUGUAAAGAUAGAUAUAAUCCUAGACAUUUGGUGCCACACAAGUGGGAGAAUGUAUUUACUUUGGAUAGGCACUCUAGGGGUUUUAGAAGGAACGUGCAACCUGAAGACGUUUUGAGCAUCGAGGCACUUCUGGAAACUAUAGUGACGACCGUGAGCUGCGGUGGAAAUGCACUUAUCACCAUCGGAGCACAGGAAGACGGCACUAUAACGCCCAUAUUCCAAGAAAGACUAAUGAAACUGGGUGAGUGGCUCGAAGAUAAUGGAGAAGCGAUCUAUGAUACUUCGCCCUGGUUUCACCAAAGAGACAGCCUCAAUACGAAUGCUUGGUAUACUUGCAAGAAAAAAGAAUACAACGGCAACAAUCCGAUUGCGACGCCGGCGCCGAAGGGAAAUCUUAUUACGGCAAUUUAUGUAAUUUUCCUGCAAUGGCCACACGACAACAAAUUGCGUAUCAGAGACUUGGCGCAAUAUGUGAACAGUGAAUCCGUAUUUGUAAUGUUGAAACGUGAAGGGAGGAGUAAUUCUUUAAAGCACGAGAUUUCUCCAAAAGGCACAUUGGUAAUUCAUUUGGUGAAUAUAUCAUCGGAAACUAGUACAUAUGCUUGGGUGGUCAAGAUCUCUCAGUAGUGAAGAGUAGUAAGAAGUACUGCAAAUUCUUAUUUCCAUGUAUUUUGUGUGUGUUGAUGGUAGAUAAGAUGGUAUUUCUUUGUUUUGGGUUUAACGAUUUUUUUGCCGUAGCAGUUUCAGUUGGGAGAGCGAUAGCCCCGGUAUGGCAAGGUCGCUAGUUCGAGUUCAGCCGGAUCGAAGGGAUUUUUCCUUUGUUUACUUUUCACACAAUUGUUGGUAAACACUGAAAAUGGUUUUUAAAUAAUAUAAUGUCUAUUUACAAAACUGACGUAAACCAGUGCACAGUAGCGCUCUCUUUUACCUUACUAUUUUAAACAUGCUGGCGCUCAUUAAUUCCAAAAAUCCCAAUAGAGCUUACUUUAUUAACAUCCUAGCUAAUAGAGCCUACCUAUUUGUCUUAUAGAUAUGGACGAAGAGAAGAAAUCACACAGACCCAAAGUAAUGGAAUAAAAAACGUUCUAAUCAUUCUCUACCAAGAAAAAACAAACCAUUUGCACAC